AGUUCUCUGGGACCACCUUCUUUUGGCUUCGGUCUCUCCUACCCUUGACAUCUGAGCAGCUUCGAGGGACGCUCCUGCGGGUCCCAGGGUUUUUAUGUAAAGGAGACUGGCCGCUAGGGCUCCAAGACCGGGAUUAGCCGAGCUUCUGCAGAAAAGCGCGCCGCUCUUACUUUGGGAGGGAGAGAGAGAAAGAGGGAGGGAGGGGGGGUCAAGUCACACGAUUUCCAGUAAAAAGUGACAGAGGGUGGUGGCGGCGUUUGGAACCAUCGAGAACUCGUCUGCUUGGACCCCGAGAUUUGCAUGCUAUGGAACACCCGCUCUUUGGCUGCCUGCGCAGCCCGCACGCCACAGCGCAAGGCUUGCACCCCUUCUCCCAGUCCUCCCUCGCCCUCCAUGGAAGAUCCGACCAUAUGUCCUACCCCGAACUCUCAACUUCUUCCUCGUCUUGCAUAAUCGCGGGAUACCCCAAUGAAGAGGGCAUGUUUGCCAGCCAGCAUCACCGGGGACACCACCACCACCACCACCACCACCACCACCAUCACCAGCAGCAGCAGCACCAGGCUCUGCAAACCAACUGGCACCUCCCGCAGAUGUCCUCCCCACCGAGCGCCGCUCGGCACAGUCUCUGUCUCCAGCCCGACUCGGGAGGGCCCCCGGAAUUGGGGAGCAGCCCGCCGGUCUUGUGUUCCAACUCAUCCAGCUUGGGUUCCAGCACUCCGACCGGCGCGGCGUGCGCACCGGGGGACUACGGCCGCCAAGCGCUGUCACCCGCGGAGGUGGAGAAGAGAAGCGGCAGCAAGAGGAAAAGCGACAGCUCGGACUCCCAGGAAGGAAAUUACAAGUCAGAAGUCAACAGCAAACCAAGGAAGGAAAGGACAGCUUUUACCAAAGAGCAAAUCAGAGAACUUGAAGCAGAAUUUGCCCAUCAUAAUUAUUUGACCCGACUGAGACGAUAUGAGAUAGCAGUGAAUUUAGAUCUCACUGAAAGACAGGUGAAAGUCUGGUUCCAGAAUAGGCGAAUGAAGUGGAAGAGGGUUAAGGGAGGGCAGCAAGGAGCUGCAGCCCGAGAAAAAGAACUGGUGAAUGUGAAAAAGGGCACACUUCUGCCGUCUGAGCUUUCCGGAAUCGGAGCGGCCACCCUUCAGCAGACAGGGGACUCUCUAGCCAAUGAAGACAGUCACGAUAGCGACCAGAGCUCAGAGCAUGCUCACUUAUGAUAUCCACAGAGAGGACCAGCUCCAUUCUCAGGAAGAAAACGUGAUGGCAUCAUCGUUUACACACAGAGAUGACUAUGAUAGUGAUGGUUAUUGAACCCGGGCAUCGCAUCCACCUGUGUUACAUGGUUGGUGGAGGGUCUUACAAUAAGUGCCUCUUAUUGAAGGUGAAGAAGGUGAACUUGCUUUCAACAUUCCAAAUCUGUUUGGUUGCAUGCCUGGCAGCGACAACGGUGUGUGUUGGCUUUUGCUUGCACUGAAAAUUAAGUUGCUACCCAGAGCAAAUUUGAGAAGACCUCUUUUUUUUUUUUUGUUUUAAAUUCAGGAUGCUUCCAGAAUGAAGAUACCAAAGACAAAAUUUUGAACAUUGAACAUUCCAAAUGCACAAGGUCAUGUAUAUGACAGUGGGCAGAUAUUUGCUUUUGCUUGCACUGAAAAUUAAAUAGCUAUCAAGUAUAGACCGUGAAGUAUUUUAUCCUGAACAGCCACAGUGCCUGAAAUCACCAAGUGGAUUUUUUUCAAAUGUAUUUUUAACUCUGUAUAUAUUACUCUUAAGUCAUUUUUCUGUCUUCACUAAUUUUAGCAAUGCAUUCAUAUUAGCUAAUGAAAAUAGGUAGCCACAUUGCCAACCAGAAACAGCUUCUUAUAUUUUUAAUACACUCUGUCAUUCAGAGACCAGCACAUGCUUACCUAUGUCCAAGUAGAAGAAGACACAUUAGAGUCUGAUAGGGCAUAUUCUUGUACCACAGACAAAACAAACCUUAUGUUGCAUAUGCUCUCAACUGCUGCUGCUACUACAUUAUAAAACUUAACCUUGCUCCUAAAUUCUUCCUAUCUUAUAGCUUGAAACUUAAUAUUAGGAUCAUAGGAAAUGCAGUUACCUUGCAGAAGGAACUUUGUAUGGCAGACAUUGUUUGAUUUUAUUUCUAUAAAUAAUGAUAGCUCUUGUGGAAGUGAUUUAACUAUCAAGGAAAACUUUAUCCUUAUUGGUAAUGAUAUUAGACAAAGUGAAAAAUGAGGCCAAUGUUUCAAGUGAAUAGAUGACAAGAUUCCAAAUAUCUCCAAAUUAAGUUCAGUAAAAAUACAUUCCUGUUCAUAUGUGAUAUGUUUGUGCACGGCAACAAUCAUUGUAUUUUGAAAAGAAG